AUGAAUACUAAUGAUUUUGGUAGAGGCGUCAUCGUCAUGCCCGAACAGUUGGCCGGUCGAAUGGCGCUUGCCGAUAUUCCGGAGAUUGACGACAAGACGAUGGAUUCGCAGAGGACCGAGGCGAGAUUAGUGCAGUUGGCAAAGCGCUUCAAAGACAUUCGAGCAUCGAUGUCGUCGACGACGAAUCAUUCGUCGGUGGUCCGACCGUUCGGCACCGCCCGUCUGACGCCGGGUCGCGCGACCGGCCGCCAACUCGACGCACCCGAGCCAAUGAUUGCAAUCGCACUUUCAGAUAUGGAGUAUCUCAUGAAAUCGGCAAGGUCCAGUAGGAGUAGUGCUAGAUCGGAAAAGCAGUCGGGAUGCAAUUGCUGUUGUCAUAUUGCCGCCGGUGUCACAGUGAUUCCACGAACCGCCCGGUUUACCAUUGAGGGAGGCCUUUCAAUGCACACGUUGAUGAAUCAUUCGGAAAGCCGGAUCGCCGUGAAAAUUACAUGUUCGGAUAAUACAAUGUACCGAGUGACUCCCGUCUACGCAACCGUCGAAUCCGGCCAAUCAUUACCGCUUCAUAUCGCCCGAAUCAAGAGUGAUCUUAUCAAACGGGACCGUCUAUGUGUGAAUAUUCUCGAAGCUGAAGGCUCGAAAGAGGCUCGAGAAAUCUUCAAGAAAAAUACGACGAAUCGGACAGCGACUAUUAAUAUGGCGUUGGACGUUGCUGAAGAGAAGAAUGAUUAA